UGACGACAUAGUACAAGAACACGACUCACAGCAGUCAUCUAUUUGGUCAAUAUCAACUUAAGUCGUAUUACUUAGCAACCUGGCCAUCGCUGGAACCGAAAUUCUUCUCAGAAAAUGAGAGAAAAUCGGAUAUAUUUUAUUAUGUGAGAGUGAAAAAUUUGGUGAUGAAAACUAGUGACUUAGAUGUGAAAAUGUUCUGUAAUAUCUCUUGGAAAAAAGUGUACUCAAGUUAUUACAAAGAAGUCAGUUAGGUUAAGACAGAUCAUAUAGACCUGACUUUAGGUAUGUCAAAAGAGUAAUAUGCAUCAUCCCAAAUCUAUGUAUAAUAGAGCAUCACCAAAACCAUCGCAAUGUCCUUUGAACAGGUUGAAACAAACGUCUACGAAAUCGGAAGAAGUUAACAAUAGGGUAGAUUAUCCAGAUCACUCGUACACCUAUUACAAUCUACCACCCAACCAAUAUGCAAAUCCUUACGACCUUUCAAACAGUCUACAACCAACUUACAAUGAUCGCAAGCCAUCUGAAACUAGUCAAUUCAACAAACAAACAAAUCUUCCACAGCAUUUUUAUGAAGAGCCAUGCCGAAACGAGAAAGCUGAGUAUGAUACACCAAUUCCACAACCACAAAGCGCUUAUAUGAAACAAAAACAGAUAAACCUUUCCUCGAUCUCACUGGAGCAGACUUACUGGGAUAGAGAAAAUUCUCCAAUAUACAUGGAAACUUAUGCAGCACUACCAGAACCACACAUAUACCAAGAUACGAACUUUCUACUUGAUAAAUUUGCAAAGCUAGGCCAAAAUAGUCCAACUCUAGACCAAGGUUAUCACACCUUAGUGUCGCCAAGUUCAGGAUCUACAGGUAAUCCAGUAUGGUCUGAAAAGGGGUCUAAUAAGGGAAAAACCUAUAAGAUGAAAAACAAUUCUUUUGAUCAGUUGACUGAUGAAACCAUCCUGAAAAUUUUUUCGUUUCUUGGGACUAGAGAUUUGAGUUCUUGUGCCAGAGUGUGUAGAAGAUUCAACCACAUAGCUUGGACUCCAUGUUUAUGGAGGUCCAUUAGGAUUAAUGGUGAGAAUUUAAGUGGUGAUAAGGCUUUGAAGAGGAUAAUGAAGAAGAUCGGUAGUGAUGGUGGUGACACUGGAAUUUGUCAUGGUAUUGAAAAAGUAGAAAUUGUGGAAGGGGCUAAAUUGACUGAUAAAAGUUUAUUUCUACUGGCAAGGAAGUGUCCGGAUCUAAUGCAUUUGCAGCUCUUAGGAUGUACAGAAAUUACAAAUACAGCUCUAUUUGAAGUAGCAACAAGAUGCCAUAAUUUACAACACUUAGACGUUACCGGUUGUGUUAAAAUCUCCUGUAUCAGCGUGAAUGGUCCAGAUCCUCACUUGAGGCUUCAACUGCAGUACCUAGAUUUAACAGACUGUCCUCAUGUUAAUGAUAACGAACUAAGAGUUAUUGUGUGCCACUGUCCUCAACUGACUUUCUUAUAUCUUCGAAGAUGUGUUCAAAUAACAGAUAUGGGUUUGAAGUUCAUACCAAGCUUCUGUUCGAAUCUGAAGGAACUCAGUGUCAGCGACUGCUUGAAUGUAACAGACUUUGGCCUGUACGAACUAGCCAAAUUGGGACCGACCCUGAGGUAUCUUUCAGUGGCAAAGUGCACCCAAGUUAGUGAUGCAGGUCUUAAAGUUAUUGCCAAGAGAUGUUACAAAUUGCGUUAUCUGAACGCAAGAGGCUGUGAAGCAGUGUCGGAUGAUGCAAUAAUAACUAUAGCUCGUUCAUGUACAAGAUUGCGAGCUCUAGAUAUCGGAAAAUGUGAUGUUGGCGACUCUGGACUUCAGGCACUGGCCGAAAGCUGUCCCAAUUUAAAGAAAAUUAGUUUGAGAAACUGUGAUUUGAUUACGGAUAGGGGUGUUCAAAGUCUUGCUUACUUCUGUAGAGGACUUCAGCAGCUUAAUAUUCAAGACUGUCAAAUAUCGUUAGAAGGUUACAGAGCUGUUAAGAAAUACUGUAAACGAUGCAUAAUAGAACAUACUAAUCCGGGAUUUUUUUAGACGAAAAAUUCUAUAUACAUUUUGUAAAUUUUUAUAUAAAAAAUAUAUACAUAUACCAGA